AUGGCUUGUUGGUUUUCUUUAGGAGAUGCUAGAAGACCUCUUCUUGAAACGGCAAUUUUGGUAGAAGAUGUGGUACACACUCAGUUAAUCAAUUUGUUACAGCAAGCUGCUGAAAUUUCUCAGCUUCGGGGAGCAAGAGUGAUUUCUGCUGAAGACCUUUUGUUUUUGAUGCGCAAAGAUAAGAAAAAACUGAGAAGACUGCUAAAAUACAUGUUCUUCCGAGACUACAAAUCAAAGAUUGUCAAAGGCAUAGAUGAAGAUGAUCUUCUUGAAGACAAAAUGAGUGGUGGCAGCAACAAUGCAAACAAAAGACAAAAAAUUGCUCAAGACUUUCUCAACUCUAUUGACCAGACAGGAGAACUCUUGGCAGUUCUUGAAGACGAUGAAAUUGAUGAAGUUAAACAAGAGAGAAUGGAGAGAGCAGAAAGACAAACUCGAAUGAUGGAUUCAGCUCAGUAUGCAGAAUUUUGUGAAAGUCGGCAAUUAAGUUUCUCCAAAAAGGCCUCAAAAUUCCGAGACUGGCUGGACUGCAGCAGUAUGGAGAUAAAACCUAAUGUCAUAGCUAUGGAAAUUUUAUCCUAUAUAGCAUAUGAAACCGUGGCACAGUUAGUGGACCUGGCUCUUCUUGUAAGGCAAGACAUGGUAACCAAGGCAGGGGACCCCUUCAGCCAUGCCAUUUCUGCAACCUUCAUUCAGUAUCACAAUUCUGUGGAGGGUUCUUGCAUGAAGACCAGUCCAGACUCCCCAGAGAACACGCCUCCUCCUACACCAACGGCUCCAUCAAGUGGAUCACAGCACUCAGGGAAAAUGACAUCAGGAUCCCUGGGGAAUGGGAAUGCAGCACAGGACUCGGCUAAAACCAAGCAAAGGAAAAGAAAAAAGAGCACUGUGGCCUGUGGUGUUGAGGCUCACAGCGAUGCCAUCCAGCCCUGCCACAUCAGAGAGGCCAUUCGACGCUACGGCCACAAGAUUGGCCCCCUUGCCCCAUUCACAGAGUUUCUUGAAGUCUCUCUCUGUAAGGAACUGGUUUGCUUUUCAUUAAGACAACUUGAAAAGUAG